CAGGCCAAGUCUUUUUAGACCUCUGCAAGCGUAUCCAUGCAUCCCAAACCGCUACGAAUAAAUCUAUAAAUAGAUCACAAACCGGGACGCAAACCGGUAACACCCGCUGCUCCCCUGGGCUACCAGAUGCAACGGCUAUGUUAUGGGAGCCAGAUAUGGAUGAGUCACUGAGUGAUCAAGAUGAUACACUGACCGAUGCAUCCAGUUCGGAACCUGCUAAAUAUGACACCGGCAACCAACCAAUCAGAACAGACCUGGCAGCCGAGCAGUGCAUGGAGAUACUUUGUGGCAUUUGGCACUCGCAACACAUCAGCACAUGCGCAGCAGACGACACCACGGCAACGGCUGUGGAUAGUGACCGAGUGGUGUCAGUGGUAGCCACAUGGACGCAAAGCUUAAGAUCACACGCAGCGCUGCAGUUGCCUUCAACGACCCCAUCAGAGCACUCGAAGGCCUUGGACACCCUGUGCAUUGCCAUGACAACGGUGGCUGCCUACGCCAGUGUCUACUUCGAAGAGAUUUUGGUUCAUCUGUUCACGGCGGAUUCGUGCGACAAAGACGCGCAGGUACACGACACCAACGACACCGAAAUGACACUCUCAAGCACAUCAGCCAAUGCACAGUUUGGCUCACUACUCCAAGUGUUGACACGUGUGCUGCAUAUCAUCACCACGUCCCGUGAUGUCUCUGCCGGAGCACCUCAAACGGCGCACGGCCGAGGCGCGGUUGCCAUAGCAACGGGGCUUGUGCUGGAUCUGAUUGGUCGAUUGGAUCCGGAUGUGGAACAAGUGCAACGCGCGUUGGAGUCUCUAUCAGGCACAACCUCUUCGGCGGCCGCCGAUGGUGUGGCUGUACAGUCGCCUGAGCACACACACGCACACACACACGAAACUCAAUACAACUCAGCCUGUGCAUCUAUGCUGUCACACAGAUACUUGGCAUCACUGCUGCUGCAACGACUGCCGCUGCACCAACUACGCCAGCUCAUGGACACCACACUGCACAAAGCCACACAACGCAUGCACGCCCAACCGCCCGUUACUAUGGCAACGGCCACACAUCCACCCACAGAGACUCCCUCAGGAGCCCACACAUCACAUGCCACGUCCACGAGUGAGUACAACGUGUCAGCGCCAUUGGACUUUGUUGAGGCGUGUGUGGGCCAUCCCUCAGCACACGCGCAGGCAAUCGGACCGCAGAGAGGUCAUUACAACGACCGCACCCACAACCACGCCUUCACACCAAACCAGGCACACGCCAUAGUACAACUGGUAGUGCAGGAGAUGACACAGCACACGCACCCCACACGCACGCAUACAAACACAGACACAGACACAGACACAAACACACACACAAACACACACACAAACACGCACGACGAGCAGUACAGGGCGGAUAGCACGGACGGCAGAGAGAGCCUUCCCCUGUCUGCAUUGUCGCGGCUCAGCCUGUUGACUCAUGUGGUGCGCGACCAGCCACUCAACGCUGUGUGUGUGUGUGAGUAUCUGUUGGGAACGGCUGUGUCCACUGCCACGCCCCAAUCAGCGCCAGCGCCAACGACACACAGACGCCCCACGCUGAAAACCGCGUGCGAACAGCUGCUGAGUGCACUGUGCAUGGCUGACGCAGACUUCCCGCGCGCAAUGACACGCACCAGUACAGAUGCUUACGACCUCGCGUCACAGCACCACAUCAGUUCACUUGAUCCGACGGUGCAUCGGUUGAUCAAAGGUCUCAUUCAAAUGGUCGAAAGCCCAGACCAAAUGGCCACGCCACAGCAGCGACGCGACAGGACCGAACAUCAGCGUUCUGUGGGCACGAGGCUAUUCCAUCAGAUGCGCAGUCUGGCACUGCAGUACCCAGAGGUAGUCAUAAGACAUGUGGCAGGCAUAACAGCUGCAUACAAGGUGCGGUCUAACAUGGCCAUAGACAGUCUGGUGACGCGUGGCUACGAUAAGCUCUACGCCUACUUUCUGCAGAUGGUCCUCAUGUUGGCUCCAGAUAUCUUCACAUACGGCACUCGCUCGUCGACAGAGGACGGUGUGUGUCCCAUGGCGUCGCCUGAUAGCCAUGACUCAGGUGUCGCGGAGGACUGGUCCUUUGCCGUGAUCAUUGACAUGUGUGUUGAUAUCUUCACCAUGUGCUCGACUGGUCGCUACAACCCACAGAUGAGUCAUCUGCUGCGCACUGUGGCGCAGGUGCUGCACAGCUACAUCGCCUUCUCCACUGUCGUCGGCACAGAGACACUCCGACCGCACACAGCACUCAUCACAGAAGUGGCAGACGUAUACACAGACGUGCCUGAGCUACAGACACUGCUACACACACUGGAAAGAGGAGAGGUGGCUGUUGACGCUGCCAGUAGCCUACCCCCGGUGGGUGUGGACAUAGAGAAAUGUCGAUACUCACUGGCGUACGAAUCACGUCGCUUGGCUACUUUGCUAGACCUAGAGAUGAUAUCAGCAAAGGGGUUGGGUGUGGUGCAUCUGCUGAUUGAUGAGAUCACUCCCUUUGCCUUGGACAACAACUGCGAAGUGCGGCAGUCUGCACUGGCUCUAAUAGACAUGUGCGCCCGCCAACGACCCCAAACAGCGAAACGAUUCAUCGCCACCUUUCUGGAGAGCCUCGAGCCUCCCUACAGCGUUGAGGUGUGUGCGCAGGUGAUGGAAGGUCUCCCUACGCUGCUGUCCUACACGCCUGCUGAUGCUCGCCACACACUGCAACGUGUGUUUGCGCGAUGUCUCACCAACGUUGAGCUGACGCCAGUGCUGCGCAAGCUGUGUGGCGUUUACAAUCACAACGCAAAUGUUGUACCAACCGAUGCCGCGGCGGGUACGAGCCGACGAGGGGAUCGGAAGUGAUUGAGUGAGUGUGUAGACAGCUGCCAACGCCAUGCACCGCAGUCUGGGUACUUUCAUCUUAGAGGGAGUGUAGAGAUGACUUCAUUCAGAAUUUUCGGCUUUUGUUGAGUGAGAUGCCUGUGGUUCUCUCACUCAACCAAAUCAGCUGAGCUAUGUAGAUCACACCCAAGUAGAAUAUGACAAUUGCCGCUGUGAAUAAAUGAUGUGCGCUUGAUCAUUUGGUCCUGUCGUGAUCCCUAUUUGAAAGCGCUAUCGUUUGUCUGCUUCAUAUGGCCUUUGCAUGAUUCUUCCUGACAGCCAUACUGAGA